UGGAUGUCAUGUGUCAUGGCGUUUGUGUUGUGUACGAUUCGCGCAUUGGAAUGUAAACAAUGACGUACUUAUGGCUGUCAGGUAUACUCAGCUGAUUUUUCGUAACAAAGAAAAUUCGACCGAGCAUGGAAUUUGCCGUCAAAACGAAACGGCACGGGAAGCAGAGAAGGAAGCGACGCCUGAAGAAACGGAUGCGCGAGCGGAUCAAGUGUGAGGUUAGGGUUAGGUCCGAAAGGCAUUGGAAGGUCUUCCCCGAGUAUGUCACCGACGCACGCGAGACGCUAGCGACGGGCACGAUGCAGGCCGACGCUUUCUGGAAGAAUUACGCGGUGGCCCAGGAAUGGCAGAAACGACACAGCAUAACCUGGUGGAGAUCGCGUUGCGUCGCCCUCGAGCACGAGAACAAACUGCUGCGCGACCGAGUGAGACUCUUAGCUCGGCAUCGCGGCUAUCGUGACACUCGGCAAGACGGUUAUCACGCGGAGGGUAACGGCGAGAACAACAAUGACGACGACACGCGGGACGAGAACCACGCGGAACUCGGAACGGAUAAUGAGGACCUGGAGUUCAAUGUGACCGAGGACAUGUUGAACUUCUUUGAGACGAGCGAGAGGCAUAAGCGAGAGAUGCGGCAACAGGACGGAUUUGACAGGGCCGCGCACGAGGAGAAUUCGGAGGAAACGCCCUUCGUCGGCGCCGCCGAGAAGGCCCGGGUGAGAAACAAGGAGGCAGAGCUGCUGUACGGCGACGCCGGAUCCAAGAUAUUGGCGAUGGAAACCGCUCUGCAGAGUACGGUGGAGCGAUACGAAGAUACAGCGAAUCCACAAUACUGGCCCAACAUUCCUCUCAAACCUUAGGACAACUUAUUUAAUCUAGUGCGCUCUGACAGUUAAUGUUUGCUAAGAAUAUUUUGAAAAUAAACUUCCAAACUCUUUUAUAUAAAUCGUAA